CAGUUGUCUGUAUUGGCUUCAUUUUAAUCUCCUUUCUCUCUACUGGGUUCCUGGGCCCCUCCCAUUAUGUUUGGUGCCUGGACUAAAUGUAGCCCUGCAGAGCAGUUAGUGACAGCAUGCUGAUUACUGUUUGAGCUUUAUCCGAACAUUCCGCGCAUGUUUGAGGGAAAUGCACGAACACUACGGUGCGAGAUUAAUAUGCGAGUUAAAUGUUCACUGGAUCAAUUGCCCCACCUUGUGUCUGGUGUCAGAAGUGUCGCUAUUUUAGUUUACUAUUGUAAUGUGGAAUGAACUGUCGAGGUCUCUGCUUGACAGAUUUACCUUAAGCGACGUGAAAUAUGUUCGCAUAUUUAAAUGUCGGUAAGACAUUGUGAUUAAUUUGUACGAACAAAUAUUAGUUCCUCUAUAAUGUUUUCCUACGCUAGUAGUGAAACGAGUAGUGAUGGACCUGUCGCCUUACCUAUGCAUACCUAUAGACUUCCUAAUAAUUUGAUUUAAAGUAAUUCUGAAAGGUCCUAUUCUAAACCUGUUAAUUGGCUAUUCAGUCUCAACUGUGGAUGAUUAGAGGUACUCGUGGUCGGUUGUAAAAUGCUGUAAUCGAUCGCACAACAAAAGAUGCUGAUCACACUGUUUCAAGUGACACCGUGCCACACCGUACAGCUGGAUGUGGCACAGCCGCCGUGAAGGGUGACGAGGUUGCGCAAUUCAAAGGGGCCCUGAAGUAUUUAGAACAUUAUUGCGUUGGGGACGCAAUAUAUUAUAAGCUUUCUUGGGGUCCAAAGUGAACCUGAAACCUGUCCGUGGAGGCAGAGGGCAUAGGACCCCCGAGACGGGAUACCAAUCCAUCCCAGUGGACAGCUCAUGACGGUGAAAACAAAACGUACCCCUCAGAACCACAUGGUCUAUGUACGGUACUGUGCAGAUUAACCCAAUCUGACCCAGUGUUUUCGAAGAAAUUCUGUGGCCCACUUUUCCAGUCCUUGGGGGGAAAAAAACACUUAAAGGCUGUCUAAUUUCUUUGAACCGUCCAGAUUUUGGUUUGUUAGUUUGUUUCGAUCACGCGCAUUUCGGCUGUGCUUCUGCUGGGCCCCGUUACACUAUCUGACGUCACCGCGUCCCCAGGUACAGUAAGAUAAAGGAAACCACAGCGUUUCCAAAAUACAUCCCGUCUGCCCACUAAGCUGGACCCUGGGCCGUUUUCUCUCCGUAUCCUAUGUAGUGUAAGUUAAAUGUGAGAAUGCGUUUCCGUGGUCUUUACCUUUCUAUAUUUAACAGUGUUAUCAUCGGCUGAAAACAUACGGUAAGCAAAAAUUACAUGAUUCAAUACUGAGUUUAAUAUGAGCAAUUUGGAAUAACCUAGUUACGAUUAUUUAAGCAUUAAUCAUAGGUCGAUUAUAAUAUAAUGCAUAACUUAUAUAAACACUCGUUUCGUUAUAAUAUAGUUAUUGAAAAGUUGACUGUUUGAGCUAUAUUUAAAAGCUACUGCAAACUUUGUAAUGAAGGUCAGGUAUCCGCGGUCCGGGGACAGGAUGGCGGCGGAGCGGCGCGCGAUGAAUCCCUUCACUGACGCUGUGAUUAACCUCGUCGCCGGAUCCGCAGGAGGCGCUGCGUGCGUGGCGUGCGGCCAACCCUUCGACACCGUGAAAGUGAAGCUGCAGACCUUCCCCAGCCUGUACCGCGGCUUCCUCCACUGCUUCCAGACCACGUACCGUCAGGGGGGGCUGUGGGGCCUGUAUCAGGGCACCACCCCUGCCCUGCUGUCCAACAUAGCGGAGAACGCCGUCCUCUUUGCCUGCUAUGGCACGUGCCAAGAGCUUACAAGGAGGAUUUUCGGGCUGGAGUCGGUUGGCCAGCUCAGUGACCUUCAAAAUGCCACAGCUGGCUCCAUGGCCUCCAUCUUCUCUUCUCUGGUGCUGUGUCCCACCGAGCUGGUAAAAUGCCGCAUGCAGGCCAUGCAUGAGAUGCGUACGGUGGGCAAGACCUCCCUGCUGUGCCGUGUCUCCAGCUGGUCCAUCGUGAAGAACAUCCUGAAGAAGGAGGGCCUCCCUGGCCUCUUCCAGGGCAUGACCAGCACCUGGCUUCGAGAGGUGCCGGGCUACUUCUUCUUCUUCGGGGGCUAUGAGGUCAGCAGGACCAUCUUUGUCAACUGCGGCUACUCCAAGAACGACCUAGAUGCCGCCGCCCUAGUGGUGAGUGGCGGGGUAGGCGGCUCCUUUUUCUGGUUGGCUGUCUACCCCAUCGACUCGGUGAAAUCACGCAUCCAGGUGCUGUCCAUGUCGGGCAGACAGGCUGGCUUCCUGGCGACGCUGGUCAGCAUCCUGCGAGCUGAAGGGGUGCCGGCUCUCUACGCUGGCCUGACUCCCACCGUGCUGCGAGCAUUCCCCUCCAACGGGGCCCUAUUCCUGGCCUAUGAGCUGACCAGGAGUGGCCUCAGCAGCCGGGUCAGCUGACUCCAGCAUGUGGGCCAGAGUUCACUGGGACUGCCAGGGGGGGGGGCACUCAGUGACCUACGGUCGUCUUUUUUAUUAUCAAAUGUCCUGCGAUUCGCACAAACGACACACAGUCUGAUUUAACAUUAUCUCCAAGAACACGUCAAUCCCCAGAAAAACCUCAUUACCUACCUCAGAAUAUUUAUGCACAUGCUGACAAUCAUGAUAAUAAGAUUGUUUCAGUCUUAAGACAAUUAAUAAUGAAAACGUGCAAACUUUAACCAUGAAAAGGGGUGUACUCCAGUGCCAGGCCAAGGUCUUUAACUGGGAUCGUUAGAUGUCCAGGUAUGUAAAUGAACAAAAGCAUCAGGUUAGCAACCAUACAUUCUGUGAUUUCAUGCUGUGUUUCUUAUGAUGUUAUAAUUUUAUAUGUAAUUUUAAAAAUCUUAAGUUUAUAUGUAGUGGGGUCAGAGGCUGUUGUGAUGUUGUGUUGUGUUGAGCACUUAAAUCUGAAAAGUCUCUCAGAACAUAAAAAUUCCAUAAGUCUUCAACUAGUAUAUAAAGCAGCCUGGUUUAAGAGUGAAAUGCUGCUUAUUUGUAUUAAUUUGUGCUGCGAUCUGUAACUGUAAUGUAAUUUAAAAGUGUUCCUUGUUAAUAGUGUUUAGUUCAUCAU